AACGCUUUCAACGUUUUCAGUUAGAAAUUGACAUUAGAGAUUUUAGGUUAAGUUUGUUUUGAAUAACUCGGUUAGCUUGUUCAUUGUUUUCAGGGAUAGUAACUUUAAAUCUUGGUUAUUUAAAUUGAAUAAGUAUGAGCGAACAAGCAAAUACCCCCGAAUCAAAUGAACCUCCUACGCCUGAAACAAAUGGUAAACGUCCCGAAAAUGUUUCCCCUGAGCAACCAAAACCUCAAGUUUCAAAUGUUGAAAAAAUCAAACAGAGGAAGCAGGUUUGGUUUUCAGCCCCCCUCAAUAGGAAACUUCUCAAGUUAGCAGUUUAUUCUAAAUGCCAGGUAGAAGAAUGUCAGUGUACAGGUUGGAAAAAAGUCCAAGAACAACAAGCCUUCACAUUCAAUGAUGUUUGUAAAUGUGAACAUACAAUAGAAAAUCAUGUUUCUCAUUUGAGAUCGAAACCAGAAAAUGAAGUCAAUCGUGUUCUCAGUAUGGCUAUAGAUUUUGAUAAUAUUUAUGCAGCAAUGAAUAGAGAAGAAAAUCCUGAAACCAAGAAAGUAUAUGGCUGUUUGUUUCGACUUCUGCGAAAGUGUAUACUCACUUUAGAAACACCAACUAUUGAUGGUCCUUUAGGAUGUCCUCCUUUUGAGCGAGCCACAAUUCACAAAGCCAUUACUAACAUGUUAGUGUACAAGUUUUCUCAUUUGGCUCAACAAGAGUGGAAAACAAUGUGCGAACUAGCAAGGAUUUUGAUCCAAUAUUUGAACAAUUGGGAAUUUCCUCCUCCAAGCCCAGAUCACAUUGUCAGACAAGAAGAAAUGACAAUAUACAGAGUGGAAUAUAGAAGAUGGCUUGUCUUUUGUCACAUACCUAUGUUUUGUGAUUCUCUCAAACAUACAGACACAACGAUGGCCUUUGGAAAAACUUUACUCCGAACAGUUUUUAAACACAUCAAGAAGCAGAUAAUGGACCAGUUUCACAGAGCCAGGGAUCAAAUGACUCAGGAGAGGAGAGUUAUGCUUCUCACACACUUUCCCCCAUUUCUCAAUGUCCUAGACAAGGAGUUAUUCGCUCCAAGCUCACCAAUUUUCGAUCCUGAUUUUAAACACAUUCCAACUCUUCAUCUGCAGAGCUUACUAGAAUCCUGUAGAAAACCUGCUCAAGAUGCUAAUACUCCUUCAACCGCAACCACUGUGAAACGUCCAAAUGAAACCCCCGUUAGAGAAACAAAAAGGAAGAGAGAUGAACAUUUCGAGGAUAUUCCAGAAGAAACAGUUGCUCAAAUUAUUAGAACAAUAGAUGACCCAAAUUAUAUGACUGGUCCUGAUCUUGUCUUUUCUGAAGAUGCCCCUGCCACCGAUGAAGUCCCAAAAACUGAAGAAAAAAAGAAAAUCAUCGAAUUGAAGGUUGUAGGAAAUAGUCUGACAGAGCCAGUACCAAAACAAACCAUGAUCUGGUUGAUUGGACUGCAAAAUGUAUUCUCUCACCAAUUGCCCCGAAUGCCCAUCGAAUACAUUUCUCAAUUAUUAUUUGAUCCAAAACAUCGGACUUUAGCACUGAUAAAAGAAAAUCAUCUGAUUGGUGGGAUCUGCUUUAGGAUGUUUGAAACACAAGGGUUCACCGAAAUAGUGUUCUGCGCAGUCACAAAUAGAGAACAGAUUAAGGGUUAUGGCACCCACCUAAUGAACCAUUUGAAAGAUUAUCAUAUAAGGAAAGGGGUUUUGCAUUUUCUAACUUUUGCAGAUCAAAAUGCCAUAGGUUAUUUUGAGAGGCAAGGUUUCUCUAAGGAUAUCAAACUCAGCAGAUCGAUAUACCAGGGUUAUAUAAAGGACUACGAGGGAGCAACCUUGAUGCAUUGUGAAUUGAAUCCAAAAAUCAUUUACACAGAAUUUACCGCAACAGUAAGAAAACAGAAGAAAAUUGUAAAACAGCUGAUUUAUCAGCAACAAAGAACCGUUUCGAAAGUUCACAGAGGACUUACAUUUUUCAAAGAAGGUGUUACAACUUUGCCUAUUGAGUCUAUACCAGGCAUAGAAGAAACUGGGUGGAGACCAGCAGCAAGGGCAACAAGAUUGGUACACCAGUUGGAAGAAUCUCAAGACAUCGAUGUUCUUGCUGGGAUGUUGAAAGUAGUUCUCCAUUCCGUGAAGAACCAUGAAGAUGCAUGGCCGUUCAAAGUUCCAGUUGAUAAAAAUACAGUUUUGGACUAUUAUGACCUCAUAAAGUAUCCCAUGGAUCUGAAGACUAUGGCAGAACGUUUGAAAUCCAGAUAUUAUGUGUCCAGAAGACUAUUCAUAGCUGAUAUGAUGAGGAUAUUUACGAACUGCAAAAUUUAUAAUGCACCUGAUACAGAAUACUAUCAGUGUGCUGUGAAUUUACAACAAUAUUUCCAGACCAAGAUGAAAGAGAUAGGUUUAUGGGACAAAUAAUGCCUUUUCAUGAAGUUGAUACAAUUAAUUUUGUAAAUAGAUGUUCAUUAUGUUUCCUGAGGAAACAAACUGUUGUAUAGAAAUUAUAUCUGUAAAUAUAAAUUCAAUAGGCUUACAA